GUAGGCCCUUGGACUGUGGGUGUGGCAAUUCUACUCAGACGAUGAGAGACUGAGACAUUCUGUGAUGUGUUGACAAAUCCUCGCUGCCUCCUCUGUGUAAGCGUGGGUUCUGUUUUUUUUUUGGCUCAGCUGCCCGCCUGCAUGAAGAUCGGAGACCUUGGCAUGCACACAGUCCGGCCGAAGACGACGAAGAUCAGUGAUGCCCCAUGGUGGCUGCCUCCACCCAGAGCCCGUCCAAAAUGUGCGUCCAGGCGCACAGUCACUGUGGUUCCGUUUUCCGGAGUGCAGUGGCUGAGACGCAAGGACACCGCCCGAGCUAUGAAGAUGCAUAUGCCAUCACUUCAGAAGAAAAGACAGUCUACUUUUGGAUCUUUGAUGGGCAUCGCGGUGACUGUGCCAGCCGCUUUGCUGCAGAACUCUUCGGAUCUCCUGAAUUCAGCCCGACCAAAGACAAGCUUCCAUCCAACCGCCGCAUUCGCCGAGCCUUUCAAACCGUUGACAACCGGCUUCGAGAUCAUUUGUGCCAAGGAAAACUAGGAAAUGCUGGGAGCACAGCAGUUGGCGCGCUGAUUGCGCACAAGGAGGACGGUACUUUCUCGGCCAAGUUGGUGAAUUGCGGUGAUUCCAGGUGCGUGGUAGUGCGCGCCCCGGAGGAAGAGGAACAGAAUGCUGCUCCGAUACAAGUGAAGUUGCCAGAUUCAUUGAAGUCAUUUUGUGAAGCGCCAGAUGUAGACUGGUCCCAGGAUGCCUCAUGGUUACCUGAGUGGCCAGCAGUUGUGGAGACAAUCGAUCACAAACCAAGUCUAUGUUUUGAACGUGCAAGGAUUGAAGCAGCAGGAGGAACAGUUCGUGGCGGGCGGACAGCGCGGCUUGAUGGCAGUCUUGCGGUGAGUCGCAGUCUUGGUGACUUUGAUUUCAAGAGUGUCAACCGACCUGUGGCUGAGCAAAAGGUCUCAUGCUUACCAGACAUCUAUGAAGUAUCCGGACUACCAGAAGGAAGUGUUCUUCUGCUGGCGUGCGACGGCCUUUGGGACGCCAUGUCAACAGAGGAAGCGGCACAAUUCGUUCGUCAGAGGCUCCAGAACAAUCCACCAAUGGAGCUGGCUGACAUUGCACAAGAACUUGUUGACUUCAGCUUGGACGCAGAGACCCGGGACAAUGUCACCGUGCUGCUGGCACAGCUGGGUCUUGACGGUCAAGGUCAGGAAGUGAGCGAGGCUGAGGCGGAGUAGGGCUUACAGUAUCUUGCAGUCAAUCAGUCACUGCUUCACUCGGUCACCUUCACAUGCCUGAUG